AUGCAAGAUGUCCCAGUUGCUGUCCCUGCGGCUAGGAGUCCAGGCUGCCAGAGCGGAGCGGGGUUCAACAUAAUAACUCUGUCGGAGCCGACUGAUGCCAUCCUGGACAUGUGGGAUAAAUGCAGAUUUGUCAGACAAGGCUGGUUUACCUCACAAGAGGCCGUCACAUAUGUUGAUCUAUUUUACAAAUACCUGUCUCCAUGGUCACCAGUCGUCAUUGAUCAGUACUGGAAUCACGAAGCACACACCGCUCUCAUAUGUGAAGAGUCAAUGCUUUGUUGCACAAUAUUGAUGAUCUCUUCACGAUUCUUCAUGCUCCCAGGCGCAGGCGGAGUAUCUAGAAGCCACCUUAUACACAACCGUCUUUGGCAGUAUUGCGAGUCCCUGAUAAAGCGAAUCAUACUCGGCCAGGAGAAAGUCUCAUCUGCCAAAAUGAGAAUUAUUGGAACUAUUGAAAGUUUAUUACUGAUAUCGGAUUGGCAUCCCCGCGCUGUACAUUUCCCACCGGAUACAGAGGGUUGGGAUGCCGUGCUAGUCGACACCGAAUAUGAUCGCCAAAAUCGCAAGCGUACAAAUAAUGAAGAACCACUCCUCCGGUGGCGUAAAGAUGUAUUCGAGCCAGCAAAAAGAGCCAGUCGGAUGUCUUGGAUGCUUCUUGGCUUGGCGACAAAUCUCGCAUACGAGCUUGGGAUUUUGUCCAGCGACCAUCAAGGAGACGCGUCUGGCCUCAACAUAGCUGAGCGUCGGAAAUUUCGAGCUCAAAAGCUUCUUUACACCUACAUGACACAGACAGCGACACGACUUGGCUAUCAAACCGUGUUCCCAGAAAGCAUUUCAAUUGUAGUUGCCCGAUCAUCAAUGCGACAUAUAGAUGACGAGGCACAGGUUUCAUGGAACACUCACGUGGAUGCGUACCUGGAGCUUACCCGGCUUUCGAAAGUGGCAUCGACAAUGUUCUUUCAAUCCAAAAAUCACCUGGAGGCUGUUCUUCAAAAUGAUAACUACCCCGAUCUUCUGGAGCACUUUCUCGCCUCGCUGUCGACCUGGAAUAAUACGUUUGGGUCGACUCUGACAGGUUUGAAACCCCACUCCCAGCUGACCAAAUCGCCUUCUAUGUCUGACUAG